GACGACCUAUAAUUUCCCUCUGCAAACAUCGCACCUUCAGUGUGUGUCCCUCUCUUUCUAGAUUAUUGGAAACUUUCUAGCAAGCUCGGUGCGCUUCAGCAAUGGAGGUCUCGUCUGAGAGUGAUUCCCCACCGCCGGCAUCAAACAGUUUCAAAGCUCUGCUCGCAUUUUAUUCCAACUAUCUCCACAACCGCCUCCGAGACUUCUCCCCAUUAUCGGCUAUUUCUGUCGACAGUUAUCUAUUGAGGAGGAUCGCGAACUUAUACGGCAGUACGCGACGGAGGAGCAGGAAAACUUGCCUUCCCCUACCUUUGCCCUCUGUCGCCUCCAUUACUUCUCUCGACCGCGCUUCUACGAUUACAUCUGAGGGAAGUAGAAUUUUUGCUGUGCUGGAUGAUAUCAUUGACCACACACUUCGAAAUUUGCACAUUGUUCAGAAGAAUUUGUUGUUUUGGCAGUCCACAGCUGAGUUUUCAAAUACUCGUAAAGCAUACUUCAUGAUAUGCCAAAGAGGGCCUGGUGCAUUUAUCGAUGGUACUCGUCAAAUGAUACAUGAUUCUCUUGCUGAUGGUGCUGGCUUCCAGAAGCUCUAUUGCUCAGCAUCUUCUCAUAUAUCUGAGAGGAUUAGUGUAUUGACUUCUUUGAGAUACUCUUUAGCUACAUUCUUGGCCAAGGUCUAUAUGGAGGUCGACAAAAGUGGAGAGAAUCUGGUUAAGGAUCUGGAGAACUCAUUGCCCUCAUUAUUGGUUGCUAUAAAUGAAAUAUUUUUGAAUCUGGAAGCAUCCAUUGGCCAUUUUCAUGCUCAUCGUCAAACUGGCUCAUCAGUGGAUGGAAGUUAUUCAAUUCCUUUGAUUUUUGCACAACUUCCAGAAGUUAAUCAGGAGGGUUCCCAGUGGACUGAGUGUGUGAUCAAAGAUGCCAUCAAUUUGAUUUAUGGAAAUCUGCAGAAAUUGGACUCAUAUUUGUCUUUGAUUGUUUCUAAACAUCGCAAGCCAAGGAAAUUAACUUUAUACUGGAUGCGCUAUAGCUGUGGAGCUUUGGGAAUAUCUUUUUGCUCAUUGUGGCUUCUUCGUCAUAGCAAGUUAAUGGGAAGCCCUGACAUUGACAACUGGAUCAAAGAGGCCAAGGAUUCAACCCUAAGCUUUUGGAAUGAUCAUGUAGAGCAGCCAAUUUUGGCCAUAAGGGACGAGCUUUUUGAGACCUUCAGGAAAAGGCAGAAAGGUGUAAUGGAACGUGAAGAAGUACAGUUGACUGCUGACUCUCUGCAUAGAAUGCUCCUAGCUUUUAGUGAGCAGACGGCUGCUAAAAAAUUUCCAGAGAAUGCAUCUGACCAGGAAAUGCUUGAGCUUGUAAUGGUGAGGUAUGAGAAAGAACUUAUGCAUCCAAUUCAGGGUCUUGUGGGUGGGGAGCUUGUUCGAGCUCUUCUCAUUCAGGUUCAGAAGUUGAAGCUGGAUAUAGAAGAAGCGAUGCUUGAGCUAGAUCAGAUCUUGAGAGCCAAUGAAAUCAACUUUGCUAUUCUAGCUGCUUUACCUGCAUUUUUUAUCUCCCUCAUUUUAGCCAUGUUGGUGCGAGCUUGGUUUAAAAGGGACACCAGAGCUGAGGGAAGAGGACGAGUUGCUCGUGUUCAAAGAAGGCUACUGCUUGUGGAAAUUGAAAGAGCUACGAUGCAGUUUCAGAGUUGCAAAGAUCAAGGAUUGGAAAACGAUGCUGAUUGCAUGUACGGUUUGGUAUUAUGUUUUCUCGAUUCCCUGCACUGUGCAGUGGAAGGACACGCGAGAGAAACUGGUGAAUGGAUAUGUUUGAGACAGGAUAUUGUUGAUUUGGCAAAGCCAGGCCUCCAAACUGCGCAUAAGCUAAGCAUUGUGUCGCGCAUGGAACGGGUGUACGAUUGCUUGCUCCCAUCAGCGAAACGCAGCUAAACACCUUGUCGGUCAUAAAUUUUGUUCUCUCUUUUGAGGGUUUGUUGUUGAACGGAGAUGUUGCCAAUGAAUCCUGAUUUUUAUUGACAGGGCUGGUAACUUGAUGAUGAUAGACUAUAUCCUUUUCCCCAAUUUCUAUUGAUUUUCUCUUAAAUUGAAAGAAAGCGUUAAGUUCGCUCAGCUACAGUUCUUCAUAGAAACGAGGGUGGAUUACUGUAAUAUUACAACGAUAAAUUUAAAUGCAUUUUGUUCUAGCA